UCCCAUACCUGUUACUGGUGGCUGAGACUAACCCAGUCCUCUUCCCACAGUUCGACAUGCAGAGGAUAACGCUAGAAGAGCUGAAACACAUCCUCUACCAUGCCUUCCGGGACCACUUAACGAUGAAGGACAUUGAGAACAUCAUUAUCAAUGAAGAGGAGAGUUUAAAUGAAAAUUCUGGCAACUGCCAAACAGAGUUUGAAGUGCACGCCCAGAAGCAGAACAGACAGACCUGCGUACGGAAGAGCCUUAUCUGCGCAUUUGCCAUGGCCUUUAUUAUAAGCGUGAUGUUGAUUGCGGCCAACCAGAUCCUGCGGAGCGGCAUGGAGUAG